AUGAGCUCCAACAUUACCAUCGUCGUUGGCGCAAGCAGAGGUAUUGGCUUGGAGCUGGCAAAAUAUGUCGCUCAUAAUCCUGAACACCAUGUCAUCGCGACCAUGCGCAAGCCCUUCGACCUGGGCGCAGCCAACGUUGACGCCCUGGAACUCGACCAGACCAACCAGAAAUCCGUCGAUGCUGCCGCUGCACACGUCAGGGAAGCAGACACAUUGAUCGUUAAUGGCGCUAUCGGCGAAGAUGAGCUGCUCACCAAGAUCUCUGCCGACCGACUCCUGCACUACCUCGAUACUAAUGUCGCCGGUCCUCACAGGGUCAUCAACGCGUUCCUCCCUGCACUGCGAGCUCGCAAGACCCGCAAGAUCAUUUACAUCUCGUCCACAGCGGCCUCGCUGGCCGGGCAAGUCGGCGAGAAGUGGGGGCUUCGCGGGCCCUAUGCGACCUCCAAGGCCGCUGGUAACAUGUUGACCGUUCAGUUCCACAACGAGCUCCAUGAAGAUGGAUUCACCGUAGUGGCAAUCCAUCCGGGCUGGGUCGACACCGAUAUGGGCAGGGUUGGGGGCGACGGUGCGAUGCCACCGCUUGAGUCGGUGCAGAAGAUCAUGAAGAUCGUUGGUGGACUGACGAGCUCCGAUGGUGCCAAGUUCUUCAACAUUGACGGCACUAUUCUGCCUUGGUAA